AUGGCUCACCAACCUACUCGGCUGGCAGUCGCAGACACCGCACCGCCAGCCGCCGAUGCAACAUCUCUCCCGACGACCGUAGCUCGUGCAGAAGCCUCUGCCAUUGUCCCGCCAAGCAGCCCGACCACCAUGUCCAGCGGUGUUCCAGACACAUAUGCCCGAUUGGUCUCUUCAUUCUCUUCUUUCCUCGCCGUGAGCAUGCACCAGAUUCUAUAUCUUCGCUCUGUAUACCCGCCUGUCACUUUUCUCCCUGUUCGCGAAUACAACCACCCCGUCAAGCAGUCUCGCCACCCGCGGGUAUGUUCCUGGGUUAGCGAUGCAUGCGCCUCCGUCGAGGUCGAGCUGCUCAAAUCCACACUUUCAGCCGUGUCAUUCGUCAUCGUCUCCGCAAGAACGAAUCGGCCCUUGGAACGGUUCACCUUUGAUGUAUCCCGGAUGCCACGAGUUUCCACCAAUGAUAUCCAUACCCCGUUCGCAAGCACUCUAGCCACCAAACAAGCUGCGAAUGUUUCUACUUCUGUUGCGGCAUUCGAGGCAUCCACAUCGGCCGUUGACAUGGAAGCGCAGUUUCGAGCUGUCCUGGCAAGAUUGGCAUCCGCAUGCGCGAGGCUCACGCCGCUCCCCCAACAUGAGGAGUACCGCCUCUCUCUUUUCAUCACCGUGCGCCCGGAGGCACAUGCUCCCGCCGGCGUCACAAAGGAAGAACAGGUGUGGAUCCCGACCGAGCCCGAUAGCCUCGCUUCGGUCCCCAUUGAAGAUGUGAACGGCGACUUCCCCGAAAGAAACCCUGGAAAUGGCGCAGCAGAAGCUCCAAACAACACCUCAAACAAUAACCCUGCCAACCCCAAAAUGGCCUCUCAGCUGCGAGCUCAGACCGUUCCUGUUCGCAGGGUUGAUGCUGGCGAGAUGAAGUUAGAAGUAUGGGUGGAGGAAGCAUUCGGGAAAUUCGACAUUCUGGACCGCCUUAAUUCCGAAUAUGCGAUAUAA